ACCUUCCUGUCGUGCCUCUGCUCUUCUGUCGUGUAUUGCCUUACGACAAGCCUCACGCCAGUCACGAACACGUUCAACGUUUUAUCCAUUGCCUUCAGAGCCUUCCGGUCUGUCGAAGACACUCGCCAAGCGGCUGAAGACUACUGGCACUUGUAUUUUGGAAGUAGCUCAGCAUGAACUCCGUUAUCAACUCUCGACCAGCGUCGGCACCCUACAUUGCUACAACAUGUUCCCAAUGUCAGACUGCUCUUGAAUUCCCCGCGCCAUCGCCCGCGCCGCGGCAGGGGACAGUCCUCGACGUUCGGUGUUACCAUUGCCAGUGCAUUUUUUCACAUACCUUCUAUCCGUCGCAAGUAAUCGGCGAAACGCCCGGUCAACCUGCCGCGACGAGGUCAAAUUCCAACGCUGGCUCCACCCAGGAUUUUGCCAGGAAGGGCCGGAAGAUUGGCACAGAUGCGAAACCACUGGAGACUGGAUAUUAUGACCUGCUCGGUGUUCCGAUAGACGCGACGACGGAUGAUAUCAAGAGGGCUUACCGACGGCUCGCUAUCAAGUUCCAUCCUGACAAGAACCCAGACGAUCCGCAUGCGGAGGAACGCUUCAAGGAGAUCGCGAUUGCGUACCAGACACUCUCCGAUCCGGCGUUGCGCAAGAAGUACAAUGAAUUUGGCUCGAAGGAGUCGCAACCGGAAGGCGGCUUCGUCGACCCCGAGGAGGUCUUCGGCGCCAUGUUCGGCGGCGAGCGGUUCAUACCCAUCAUAGGCCACAUAAGCCUAGCGAAAGAUAUGAAGGCUGCACUGCAGGAAGCCGACGAGGAGGGCGAGGAGAACAGGCCCGUGCAGAGGGACGCGAAGGGUCGCGAGAUUGUGUCACCAGAAGAGAAGGCGAAACGAGACGAAAAGGCGCGCAAGGUGGCGGCUGAGAAAGCGGCGGUCAGGAAAGAGCGCGUUGACAAGCUCGUGGAGAACCUCGAGCGUAAACUGAGCCUUUUCGCGGAGUCUGCGACAGGUCCGAAUGACCCUGCGGUCACUCAGAGUUAUAAGCAGAUAUGCGCUUUGGAGGCUGAGGAACUCAAGAAAGAGUCAUAUGGCCCCGAGCUUCUGCAGGCCAUCGGCUUCGUAUACAUCGCCAAAUCGAAGCACUUCCUUGCAUCAAGUCAGACUUUGUUCGGCAUAGGUGGUUGGGUACACAACGUGCAAGGCAAAUACCACGUCUUCAGUGAGACUGUGUCAACAUUACGAUCCGCUAUAGAGCUCAAGCAAGUUUUUGAGCAGAUCCAGGCGGCUGAGGCGGCUGGUAAUCUCCCUCCAGACGAGAAGAGGCGUCUUGAAGAGCAAGCAGCUGAGAAGGGUGUGCAGGCAUUGUUCAAGGGCACGAAACUCGAGAUUGAGUCCGUAUUGCGUGAAACGUGCGAUCGCGUUCUCGAGGAUCCAUCCAUUUCCCGCGCGAAGGCAACGCUCCGUGCAGUCGCCAUGCAGAUCCUCGGAGAGGCAUUCAUGAGCGUGAAGAAGGACGCAGACCAAGUCGAGGGCGCGAGCGAAGAGAACGAAUAUGUGCGCGUUGAGACGAAGAGCAGCCGGAAGCGUGACUCACAGCGCUCUGCGAAUGCAUAAGCCUCUUCAUUUCCCGCUGCUUGUCCUGCCAUACCGUCCCUCUACGCAUCUUGGAAAUAUCGCACACAUCACGACCUCUUGCUGCAUAUGCUCUUGCAACCUCUCAUACAUCCAAUGUAUU